GUCUCUUGGGAAUCAAGAGAGCUUCAAAAGAAAGAUUCAAAGGUUGGUAAAGCACAAGACCAGACAAGAACCAACACAACCUACAAACAAAUACAAAACAAAAACAACCCAAACAACCAAAUUUUUCCCAUUUUAUAUUACAUACAUUCCUUCACUAAACAAUAUUAUUAAUAAUCAAAAAACUCAUGUGGGUGUGGGUGGAUAUGAGAGUGGGAAGCAUCAUCAGCAUCAUCUUCAUCAUUGGUUUCAUUCUUUGCUCCACAUUGGGCUCCAUGGGGAGUGAUUGCAUCUAGUUUUGUGGUGUGGAGGAUGCUAAAUAUUGUGUUUUUAACUAAACCCAUUCUGGGGUUUCUAAAUCUUGCAGCUUUUUUACAUUUUCAGACAUCAAUAUGCAGAUAGGUUCAAGUCAAUACGAUUUGGGUUCGGUUGGUGGUCAAAGUUUGGAUGGAAGUUUCCGAAAGACCGAAUCAGUUAUUUCGUCGCGUAGUGGAACAAGCUCGAAACAAGGAUUCAAAGCAACUAAAGAAAUCGCAAGAAGCCUAACCGACAUCGAUUUAUUCACACAACACCUUGAGGAAUGGGUCACAGAUCACAGUUUCAUGUCCCCUUUUGCACUUGACGAGUUACAAAACCUCGAUUUCGCAUUGGAAUCCGUGUUAUUUCAACAAUUACACCGUAUGCCAUGCUCCCCUCAGUCCACUCACACCUCAAAAGAACAAGAAUUCUUAGCACUUGAAGAUUUCUUGCAUGCUAUUACUGAUUCUUUAUGGCAUUCAUUAUGGGAUGAAAACGGGCCAUCCCCGUAUUCGAUAUGGUGCCCUCGUUAUUCUGGAUCCAAAUUUUAUACUGUCGAGAAAGCAAUAGCAAGACGAAGACUUGAUUCUCUUUGUGGUGCUGCAUUAGUUUCGAGAAACGAAUCCGACCCGCAUGUGCGGUGGGAUCAGGUUGUCCACUUUGCGGUUUACAGACACAAUAUUAUAAAUGAAAACGAGUUAACAAUGUCGUCAUCUUCUAUAUGUAAAGCGCUGUUUUAUGCUGCACGUAUAUUGUUGUCAAGAACAUUAAGCAAGUAUACAUCUGCUAGCAACGAUUGCGUUUACGUCUUAGUUCUCGAUUCCAGCUUCGGUGGUGUGGUUAAACUCGAAGGUGAUAUGGGAAAACUUGAAUUAGUGUCGGGUAAUCCGUAUUUAUCGAUGGUAAACUGGAUUAUAAACCAUGCGGAAGUUAAGGUUUCACAGGUUGAUCGGAUUUGGAACAAGUUAGGUAACGCAAACUGGAGAGAUUUGGGAUGUUUGCAGAUCGUUUUAGCGACGUAUUACUCGAUCGUUCAAUGGUGUGGAGAGUCAAGAAGGUCGAUAACGUCAUUAGCGACGGAUCAUGGCCGUCGUCUUCAUCAACGGCGAGUUGAGCGGCGGCUGGUGGGAGAUAGUGAAAAGGCGAUAAUACCCGUUGAUUAUGAUGCUGAAAGUGUCAAAAUUGUCGAGAAACAUAUUCAAGAUCACCGGUUGAAGCUCGAGAAAGGAGAAAUAUUGGAACUUGAAGCGGUUGAAGAUCGGUUUCAGAUACAGGAGUUGUUGCAAGGUUGGAAUGGGUGUUGUUAUGAAGCGUUUUCGUUAGAAUUUCCGACAGAGCCGUUGAUGUUAUACGUCGGUGCGCACCCGACCCGAUUAGAACCUUCGUGGGAAGAUAUGAGUUUAUGGUAUCAAGUCCAACGGCAAACGAAGAUCUUGAACAUUUUCGCGGAUCAAGGAAUCUGUAGCAAGAAUCUUCCGCAAAUCGUUUCUAACGGCAGAAUCUUGCAUUCCGGUACCUGUACACGACAGAGUCCGAAAGGGAGGUGUGAUCAUCCGUCAUGCGGUACACCAAUACUAGUCGUGCAUCCCAUCGGUCAACCGUUGUCAACAAAAUCCAUCCCUUUUACUUCCGACGACGCGAUCCGUUGCUGUCGUGAUUGUCUCUCGGCUCUCAAAAGCGCCAAGUCAGCAAACGUCCAGCAUGGCGACAUUUGUCCCGAAAACAUUAUAACAACAAAUGGAUUUUACGUUUUAGUUUCGUGGGGUCGUGCGGUUUUGGACGAUAAAGACACGUGUCCUGCGGUGAAUCUACAAUUCUCGUCGGCAUAUGCGUUACAGCAUGGCAAGCUUUGUCCUUCUUCCGACGCUGAGAGUCUGGUUUACGUUCUUUACUAUAUAUGUGGCGGGAAAAUGGCGAGUCAAGAACAGGUUGACUCAAUCGAAUCAGCGUUAAAGUGGCGGGAAAGAUGUUGGCGGAAGAGGGUCAUUCAACAGUACCUCGGUGAAGUGUCGUCGUUAUUGAAGGCUUUUGCUGAUUAUAUUGAUGGGAUUGUUGGGACACCGUAUUCGGUUGAUUAUGAUGUUUGGGUCGAGCGAUUUAAUAAGGUGGUUGAUGGCGGUAGGAACCGAGGGAAGGUGGUUGAGGUUGAACAUGCGGUGAGAGUUGAAGACGUUGGUGAGUCUUCGGGGAUCGGUGACAGCAGUUGAUUGUCGUAUGGUUUAGUUGUCGAUUUGUGUAAAAACCGAUUCUUUUCGACCACGGUUAUGAGUUCGUUUUGUUUUUGAAAUCUUACUGUUUUUAGCCAAUGAUGUUCUGCAUGUGACCAAAGAAAAGCUAGUGUGCUA